CUCCUCCUGUCACAGAUACCCACAGUGUUACUUGCCGCCGCAGGUCAGCUCGUUAAAACUGUACAUCUCAAUUUUUUUUUAAAUUUUUUGUCAGGCAACCUUGACCCGGGACAGAGAUGGCAGGAGCGGCGGCACCGAAGCGGCAGGACACCCGGAAAUUUUUCGAGAAUCUGUCCGGCGCUGGUAAAUCCAUCGCAGUGUUGACCAGCGGAGGAGAUGCCCAAGGCAUGAACGCAGCCGUCAGGGCGGUCGUCCGAAUGGGCAUCUACGUAGGAGCGAAGGUCUACUUCAUCCACGAGGGUUACCAGGGUAUGGUGGACGGUGGAGACAACAUCAAAGAGGCGACGUGGGAAAGCGUCUCCAGCAUGUUGCAAGUGGGUGGCACAGUCAUCGGCAGCGCCCGCUGUAAAGAAUUUCGUACCCAUGAGGGCCGUCUGAAGGCGGCACACAACCUCGUGCUGCGCAGCAUCACCAACCUGUGUGUGAUUGGUGGAGACGGCAGCUUGACCGGAGCCAACCUGUUCAGAGAGGAGUGGAGCAGCCUGUUGGAUGAGCUCCAACAGCAAGGUCUGAUCGACGCGGAGGCAGCCCGCAGUAACUCGGAGCUCCACAUUGUUGGUAUGGUCGGCUCCAUCGACAAUGACUUCUGCGGCACUGACAUGACCAUUGGCACCGACUCGGCCCUUCAUCGGAUCAUUGAGGUGGUGGACGCCAUCAUGACCACCGCUCAGAGCCACCAGAGGACAUUUGUUCUGGAGGUCAUGGGCAGACACUGCGGAUACUUGGCCCUGGUCAGUGCCCUGGCAUGUGGGGCAGAUUGGGUUUUUAUCCCUGAAAUGCCCCCUGAAGAUGGCUGGGAGGAUAACAUGUGUCAGAAACUGUCUGAGAACCGUGCUGAUAAGAAAAGGCUGAACAUUAUUAUUGUAGCCGAGGGUGCCAUAGAUUGCCACAACAAGGCUAUAACUCCUGAUUAUAUCAAGGAUCUGGUAGUCCGCUGCCUGGGUUUUGACACCAGGGUCACUAUCUUGGGCCAUGUGCAGAGAGGUGGGACCCCCUCUGCCUUUGACAGGAUCCUGGCCAGUCGUAUGGGCGUGGAGGCAGUGCUGGCGUUGUUGGAGGCGUCUGCGAACACCCCGGCCUGCGUCGUGUCUCUGGUCGGCAACCAGGCUGUUCGACUGCCACUUAUGGAGUGUGUUCAGAUGACCCAGGAAGUACAGAAGGCCAUGGAUGAGAAGAAAUUUGAUGACGCAGUCAGGCUGCGUGGGAGGAGCUUUGAAAACAAUCUGAGCACCUACAGACUCCUCUCCUACCGGAAAGCAGACUCUGAACUUCCCAAUAGCUCGUUUAACGUGGCGGUGUUGAACGUCGGUGCACCGGCAGCAGGUAUGAACGCUGCCGUGCGCUCUGCCGUCAGAGUGGGAAUCACUGAAGGCCACAAGAUGUUUGCUGUCAAUGACGGCUUCGAGGGAUUUUACAAAGGACAGAUCAAGGAGAUCAAAUGGGGAGAUGUAGGUGGUUGGACUGGCCAGGGAGGAUCGCUGCUAGGGACAAAAAGAACUCUUCCAGGCAAACAUCUGGAUAAAAUUGCUGAGCAGAUGAGGAUCCAUAACAUCAAUGCCCUGCUUGUCAUCGGAGGAUUUGAGGCCUACGUGGGAUUACUGGAACUUUCUUCUGCUCGGGACAAAUAUAGUGAACUCUGUGUGCCCAUGGUUAUGGUCCCCGCCACCGUCUCCAACAAUAUACCUGGUUCAGACCUCAGCAUUGGCUCAGACACUGCUCUGAAUGCCAUUACUGAUACGUGCGACCGCAUCAAGCAGUCGGCCAGUGGUACCAAGCGGAGAGUUUUCAUCAUUGAGACUAUGGGCGGCUACUGCGGCUACCUGGCCACUGUGGGCGGUCUGGCCGCUGGCGCCGACACCGUCUACAUCUAUGAGGAGCCGUUUGACAUCAGGGACCUGCAGGCCAACGUGGAGCAUCUGACGCAGAAGAUGAAGACGAGCAUCCAGAGAGGCUUAGUGCUCAGGAAUGAGAACUGCAACGAGAACUUCACCACUGAUUUCGUCUACCAGCUGUACACUGAGGAGGGUCGGGGAGUGUUCGACUGCAGGAAGAACAUCCUUGGCCACAUGCAGCAGGGAGGAGCUCCAUCUCCAUUUGAUAGAAACUUUGGCACCAAAGUCGCUGCUAAAGCCAUCCAGUGGAUCACGCAGACGCUCAAGGACUCUUACAAAGGAGGGCGAGUGUUUGCUAACUCGGAGGAAACUGCGUGUCUGUUGGGGAUGCGGCGCAGAGCUCUGGUCUUCCAGCCUGUGUCACAGCUCCGGGACGAGACCGACUUUGUCCACAGGAUCCCUAAGGAGCAGUGGUGGCUGAAGCUCCGCCCACUGAUGAAAAUCCUGGCCAAGUACAAGACGAGCUACGACGUGUCCGACUCCGGCCAGCUGGAGCACGUGGCCCGGCUCCGACCCAAAGAGACCAAAACCUCAUCGGCCAUCUGAACUGCUGCCCUGCCGGCAGCAGCGAGCGUCACCCCAACAUGAAACUAGCUUCACAAAACAGUGAUGGCUGCUCACACAAUGACUGACUGACUGCUGAUUGAUUGCAAAUAAAUUAAGGCUGAUUUUAAAAUUUAGUAGGUGACAUUAAAAAGUUGUAUUGUAUGAUUAAGUCAUGGCACUUUUCAGAAGGGAUCUUAAGAUGACAUCAAAUUUGAGGGUAGUCAUUUGGAAUAGAGCUCUUUAUGUAGCUAACAGCACUAACAUUGUAUUUUCUUGAUCCCCAUUCCUUAUUAUAUACAUUAUUAUAUAUAUGCAUUCCUCCUUAUGUACUGUACAAGUAUUCACGUUUUAGUCCUGGAAAUGUAGCUAUAUCUAUAUUUUUUUUAAAGAUACCUAGCAAACAUCUGUGUUGCAUAAAGGAGGCUGAGGUGGGUUAUGCAUUUAAAGUCUCGUUCUUGUCAUAUUUAUUUUCUACAGCACUUUGAGCCCAAUAAUUAUUGUAAUGUAAUGUAAUCCCCUAAAGCUGCUUUUAAAGAGGCAAUAUAUGCUAGGAGGAACACAUGCUAGCAGUCUGACGCUUGUUCACACCUUGAAAAAUAUCCACCAUUUUGACUGAGAAAUGUGACCUACAGUAGGUUAACGGAGGCUUUAGGCGGAGCUGGCUGUGUGUGUGUCCUGUCACCUGCUAACUGUGUAUGAGUGUGUGUGGUGUUGCCUUUGCUGUAUCCACCCUGGGCUUUUUGUACGUGGCAUCUUCCAGUGGUUAUUUGUGAGUAGGGUCCUGCUGUUUCGGAUAAUGUUGGAAACUGUAUGCAACAUUAACUUUAUGUGCUGACAGUGUGAUGUGAGUGUCCUGUCACAGAGUAAUAAAGCAUCUAUUGUGUGGAAAGAUA